UGGCUAUGACGUUCUCCAUCGCUUUGUGCUGAUUGGCUGAUGUGCGUGAUGCUGACAGCUGGAAGCCGGAAGCGGUGUCUGAGUGUGAGCGGAGCUCGGGAAUUGUCAGGCCUCAGCACAAUGUGUAUAGCCCGGUACUAGCGGCAGCUCCGGGGGAUGGGCGACCUGACUGUGGGGGCCCGGCAGGGGGCAUGGGGCAGUCUGCUGCUCCUCACCCUGGUGUGUGGGACCACCGCCAUGAACAAGGAGGAGAAAGGGAAGCUUAGGAGCCAAGUGCUGGAAAUGUUUGAUCAUGCCUAUGGAAAUUAUAUGCAACAUGCGUACCCAGCCGAUGAGCUGAUGCCGCUGACGUGCCGUGGAAGAAUACGUGGGCAGGAACCGAGCAGAGGGGAUGUAGAUGACGCACUGGGAAAGUUUUCAUUGACAUUAAUUGAUACACUGGACACUCUAGUGGUGUUAAACCGUACCAAAGAUUUUGAAGAUGCCGUCCGAAAAGUAAUUAAAGAUGUCAAUUUAGAUAACGACAUUGUGGUGUCGGUCUUUGAGACGAACAUUCGAGUCCUCGGUGGGCUUCUUGGCGGUCACUCACUUGCCGUGAUGUUGAAAGAAAAUGGAGAUGGCAUGGACUGGUACAAUAACGAGCUGCUGCACAUGGCCAAAGAGGUUGGCUACAAACUGCUCCCAGCCUUCAACACCACCAGUGGCCUCCCAUAUCCACGGGUCAAUCUAAAGUUUGGCAUUAGAAGACCGGAGGCUCGGACAGGCACAGAGACCGACACCUGUACGGCCUGCGCAGGAACCCUCAUUCUGGAAUUCGCUGCACUCAGUCGCUUUACUGGAAUCUCAAUAUUUGAGGAAUAUGCACGGAAGGCGUUAGAUUUCCUUUGGGAGAAGAGACAGCGAAGUAGUAAUUUGGUUGGUGUAACCAUAAAUAUCCAUACUGGAGAUUGGGUUCGCAAAGACAGCGGUGUCGGAGCCGGCAUAGAUUCGUACUAUGAGUAUCUGCUGAAGGCCUAUGUGCUUUUGGGGGAUGACAGCUACCUGGAAAGGUUUAACACUCAUUACGACGCCAUCAUGCGAUAUAUCAGCCAGCCACCGCUUCUACUUGAUGUCCAUAUUCACAAACCAAUGUUAACCGCUCGCACCUGGAUGGAUUCUUUACUUGCAUUUUUUCCUGGCCUGCAGGUCCUGAAAGGUGACAUUCGUCCUGCCAUAGAGACCCAUGAAAUGUUGUACCAGGUGGUACAAAAGCACAAUUUCCUGCCAGAAGCCUUCACAACAGACUUCAGAGUGCACUGGGCCCAGCACCCUUUAAGACCGGAGUUUGCAGAAAGCACCUAUUUCUUGUAUAAAGCAACUGGAGAUCCUUACUAUCUGGAAGUAGGAAAAACGCUCAUUGACAAUCUGAAUAAAUACGCCCGUGUUCCAUGUGGCUUUGCUGCUGUUAAAGAUGUGCGCACAGGAAGUCACGAGGACAGAAUGGAUUCUUUUUUCUUGGCGGAAAUGUUCAAGUAUCUGUACUUGCUGUUCUCGGAGAGGGAAGACCUGAUAUUUGAUAUUGAAGAUUACGUUUUUACUACAGAAGCUCAUCUUUUACCUCUGUGGCUCUCUACAGCAAACCAAACCGUUGCUAAGAAAAACACUACUACCCAAUACACAGAGCUUGAUGACAGUAACUUUGAUUGGUCAUGCCCAAACACCCAAAUCCUUUUCCGGAAUGAUCCAAUGUAUGCGCAGAGCAUUCGAGAACCACUGAAAAACGUGGUUGAUAAAAACUGUCCUCGGAGCCCUUCCAGAAAUGAUGAAGUCUUCAGCAAUGGGAACAGGCCGCCUUUACGUGCUCGAGAUUUUAUGGCCAGUAAUCCAGAACACCUUGAGAUCCUGAAGAAGAUGGGCGUCAGUCUGAUCCAUCUAAAGGACGGGAGAGUUCAGUUAGUCCAGCACGCCAACCAAGCUGCAAGCUCUAUAGAUGCAGAGGACGGUUUGCGUUUCAUGCAAGAGAUGAUUGAAUUGUCCAGCCAGCAGCAGAAAGAACAGCAACUGCCUCCCCGUGCAGUCCAAAUUGUGUCUCACCCAUUUUUUGGGAGAGUGGUACUGACUGCAGGGCCGGCACAGUUUGGAAUGGACCUUUCCAAAAAUGUGGCAGGGACCAGAGGUUUUGUAGCUAAUACUGAGCCAUACAGCGGCUGUUCAGAGGUUACAAACACAGAAGCCAUAAAAGGAAAGAUCGCUCUGAUGCAAAGAGGUCAGUGUAUGUUUGCAGAGAAGGCACGGAAUAUCCAGAAGUCUGGAGCUGUCGGGGGCAUUGUAAUUGAUGACAAUGACGGCAGCAGCAGCGACACAGCUCCUCUCUUCCAGAUGGCGGGUGAUGGGAAGAAUACAGACGACAUAACAAUCCCUAUGCUGUUUCUCUUCAGCAAGGAAGGAAACAUCAUUCUUGACGCCAUCCGAGAAUACCAAGAAGUGGAGGUUCUUCUAUCAGACAAAGCCAGAGACAGAGCGACAAUUUUUAAAGGUAAAAUAGUCCCAAACUACAUUAUUGAUAGCAAUUUGGAUGGAGAAAGCGGAGAACAGAGACCAGUUGAAAAUGAUUCCCAGACACAGACUCCAGAAGAAACUUCAGUGCCUCAUGACAGCAAUAAUGGGAUAUAUACCGAUUCCGAUGAAGAAACAUCUGGGGCUUCUGAACCAGAGUUUCCUAGCCCCCCCGCCAGUGAUGGCUUACAUACACAGAAUGCCAAACACCAAAUAGGGUUUAGUGAAUCCACCACAAAAGACUUACCAGAGUUAGGCGAUAAAGCCAAUGAGCCAUCUGAAAGUUCAGAAAACCCUGUGGAUGAAACCCAGGGCACUAAAACUCAGUCAAUGGAGUCAAUUUUAGCAGACUGGAAAGAAGACAUUGAAGCAUUUGAAAUGAUGGAAAAGGAUGAACUAUGACCAAAAAAAAAAAACACUUUUCCCCCCAGAAACAUUAAAUGUUUCUCUGCCACAUAAAUAAUGUUGUAUACCCUUCUGAACAGAUGGACGUUGUAGGAAACGGUAAUUUUGAAGGAUUAUAUUUAGUUAACUGUUCUGUUUAAGUUUCUCUUGGGUCCACCAGUCAUCAUGUCAUGUCUUACAUAUGGGGUGAUGGAUCCAUUGACUAUCAACUUCGUACAGAUUAUGGAAACGGACCUAGAUUUUGUCUACCAAGGGCUUACUUUAAGGAAAUGACUCCCCUAAAAUAUUCUUGUAAACAUUUUACCUACCAUCACUAAAAAAAAAUUGAAAUAGAGUAUUAGGAUAUUUAUUGAACGAUUUUAAAUUCAGUGUGCAAGAAAUAUGUUCUGAUUCUUGUAGAUUUUCUAAUGGUACUGAAACAUCCUCUAGUUUAAUAUUACCCUUAUUUUCUAUAUAUUUUUUUUAUUAUUAUUUUUUUAAGAUUUGGAGAUUUUUUUUUUAAAUUAUAAUGCAAUAUUUUGCAUUAAUUUUGACUAUAUUAUAGUCCAUAACAAAAAUAUUUUGAUAGGCCAGUCCAUUUUUGUAGCUUUCAAACAUUUAAUUUGCUUUUUGUUUCCUUUUUGUUAUAAAGUCAAUAUAUGAAACAAUAAUUGUUUUGUAAUGUGCACAAAGUCAUUAAAAUGCUCGAGGAAAUUUUUGAAGAAGUAGAGAUGUUUUGCAUUGCCAUCUGCUGAGAAAAGUAAGAUUGGAGAAUUUAUAAUUUAUUUCCCCCCUGUAACUACUACUGUACUAGCUGUUGCAUGUCAUCUAAAGAUAAUAGGUUUGUUGUCACAGAAUUACAGUCUACAAAUGCAUUUUUUUCAUUAUCAUGUACACUUGCUGCUCACAAUCUAGUAUCGGUGCUAUUGAAAAAAAUGUACAUAUAACAAAAUGUGCUCAUCUUUAAGAAUUGAAAAAAACCUAAAGCUGUGAAUAGCAAGUCAUUUAAAGGAUACAUCAUACUUUCUUGUAUUUGAUAAUUGUGCACACACGUUCCAUGUAAGAGACAUGUCUAUAGGGAAGAGAAAUCAAAGUAUUAUAAGCAUUAAUGUAGCGGGAGGUAAAACGCGCGUUAGCUUUAGUUCUUAGACUUCUAUUCUUCUAAUUAAAUGUGUAGUUUGCCUAAAAUAACACAUCUGUACAUCAAUACCUUUUUAUAUUAAAACAAUCUUUUCUUUUUGAUACCUUUUUUAUUUAUAUUUGUUUGUCCGCCUAAGUACAUAGUUUCUUUAAAUAAAAUGCCCCUGAGACAUAAAUGCUUUCAUUGAUCGGUUUCUAAGAACUGGGAUUAGACUUUGAGUCUGUUUAAUACUUUUUAAAAGAUCUUAGAAUCUUAAAUCUAGUGGAGCAUUUAUACAUUAAGGCUUAAGUAAAAAAAACAACUACAAAAUAAAUGACAAACAAUGUAAAAUUACCCUGAAUACAUUCCUAUUAACUUAUGACUUAACAUUCUAGUUAUGUCCUAAUAAUCCACAGGAAAAUUAGAACUUUAAAAGAUAAAACUUUUUCGUCCUUUUCAAUUAAAUUCUCAAGCUUAGUCUACUUAGCAUUAAAACUAAUCAUAUUAUUUUUAUUAUAAAAUAGGGCAUAUUAGGGAAGUAUGUUUCAGUCGCCCUGUUAUAGCAAACUUAUUGCAAAAUAAGAAACAAACUUACUGCAAUGAAAAAGUGAAAUGCAUUAGACAUUGGAUUUGGCCAUGACUUCCAAUUCUACUUAAAAUUCCUGUGAUCCCUGUUAUAUUUGUUCAGGAAAACAUUUUUAUAGUUGGGGAAUAACAUUGAUAUUUGUUUCCAUUGAUGGAGCAUACUCAUAUGGAUCCUAUGCGUACAAUAUAUUAAUAUUGUAAACAAAAAAUAGUAGUAAUAAUUUAAAUUGGCGUUAUAUUUCUAGAGUCAGUACAAAUGAAAAAUGAUUUGAUAUUGUUUUAUUGUUGCAAACCUGUUGCUGGAAUAAAUUAUGUGUUUAAUAAGUGUAAUUUAUAGGAGUUUGUCAAGUCUCUUAUAUUUUCCGAUGAUUUUUUAAAAUCAGUUUAUUUGUGAUCUUCUUUGUGCAUCACAUUACAUAGAUCUGCUUUUACUUAGUGAUGGUAAACAAAAAAAAUAUUUAGAACUGAAAUAUAAAAAUCCUUUUUGAAAAUAAAAUAUAUUGGUACCUUACCUUCAUAUCAACAGCGUGCCUGAAAGUGUUAAAAAUCAUCAGUUUUAUACUAACUGACACCACUGCCGUCCCACCUAGAUGAACCGCUCAUCCAAUGUUUUUGUUUCCCAUAUGGCACCUUGCCGUAAAACUAGCUCAAACAUUGGUUGAGCUUGAAAACCCCCCCAAAAUAAAGAUUUUUUUUUUAACACUUUCAGGCAUGCUGUUGAUAUGAUGUUAAGGUACCCCUGUAUACUUUAUUUUCAAAAAGGAUUUUAUUUUCUAUAUAUAAAUAUUCUUAGUUUAUCAUCACUGUAUUUAGAUUUAGUACCCAAAAUGUUUCUAUGGUAUGAAAGAUCAUUAGUUAAGCGUGUGAAAAAUAUUCUGUACAUGGAAAAGAUUAAUAUAGUUACAUUAAAACAGGACGUGUAUGUUUGUGUACAACUUGUAGCCUAUGAGUCUAUUGGCUCAUAGGGAAGUUGGAUUUUUCAACACUGGGGGAUUCACAAAAAUAACAAAUAACUGUAUCAUUUCUAAAAUAAAACUAAAAACGAAUUUGUUUUUUAGACCAAAUGGAUAUUUUUUUGAGUGCAGCGUCCUUUCAGAAUUAACGGCAGAGCUACUUCAGUCUGAAUUAUAUGGCUGGGAUAGGUCGGAGUUAAAUUCAGAGCUAAGAUGUGAAAGUUAGGUUCCCUUCUGUGUUCCACAAAUGAGACAAAUGAUCAUGUGACAUUGGCGCACAACAAGAAGGGUUAUUGUUUGUUUAUUUUUAUGUUAAAGGAGCAAUAAAUGGGUUUUUUUUUAAAAACCUCUUCAAAAUGUGUAGAGUACAUUCAAGUAUUAAAUGAAAGUGAAGCUUGUAAUCACAAGAAUUCUUAUUUAUUAAAGGGACAUAAAACACACUUUUUUUUUUUCUUUAAUGGUUUCAAUAGAGCUCGCAAUUUUAGUCAACUUUCUAAUUUACUUCUAGUAUCGUUAGGGGUGUGCAUUUGGAUCUAUUGUGAGGAUACAAAUGCGAAAGGAGGCCACUCACGGGAUUCGGCUCUUUCCAGAGCCGCAUUUCUUCUUGUGAAAGUUCAGCACACUAGGAUCUGGAUUUGCUCACAAGAAGAAAUGCGGCUUCGGAAAGAGCAGGAUCCCGCGAGUGGCCUCCUUCCGCCUUCUUAUCCUCAUGAUGCAUACAAAUGCACACCCCUAAUUAUCAUAUUUGCUUUUUUCUCUUGGUAUUCUUUGUUGUAGAAGCAGCAAUGCACUACCGGAAGCUAGCUGAACAGAUUGUGAGGGCCAAUGACAAGGAGUAUCUAAGCGCAGCUUCCAAUCUAGCUCCUGAGCAUACCUAGGUAUGCUUUUCUACAAAGGAUACCAAGAGAACAAAGCAAAUUAGAAUUCAAUUGAGAAGUAGUUUAAAAUUGUAUGCUCUCCCUGAAUCAUGAAAGAAAAAUUUGGGGUUUUAUGCCCCUUUAAUUGCCUGGCUUCACCCAAGCCCUCCGAUUUUUUUAGCAGCGGGCGCUACAGCCAAUGAAAAGACAUUUUCCUUUCAUCACACUUCCUGAGCAAACUGUCUUGCACCCUUGCAAAGGGCAGCUGAAAAAUAAGAAAUGAACACAGGCAGAGACUGCUUGUUCUGACUGAAAGGAAAUUGCACAGGGCAUGUGGUACAGUUCUCAUUGGAUGAACCGCCUACUAUUAAACGCUGCAGGCUGGGGAUGACUCCUGGGCUCACUUUAAAAAUAUGUUUAGUAAUAAAUUAAAGGGACAUUAAACCCAAAUUUUUUCUUUCAUGAUUCAGAUAGAGAAUACCAUUUUAAACAACUUUCUAAUUUACUUCUAUUAUCUAAUUUGCUUCAUUCUCUUGAUAUUCUUUCCUGAAAAGCAUAUCUAGAUAGGCUAAGUAGCUUCUGAUUGGUGGCUGCACAUAGAUGCCUCAUGUGAUUGGCUCCCCAAUGUGCAUUGCUAUUCCUUUAACAAAGGAUAUCUAAAGAUUGCACCAAAUCAGAUAAUAGAAGUAAAUUGGAAUGUUGUUUAAAAUUGUAUUCUCUAUCUGAAUCAUGAAAGAAAAUGUUUGGGUUUAAUGGCCCUUUAAGACCGCUUGUGGUGAGAAGUUUUGCGUUUAUCAAAUACUUAAAUUAUACUACACAUUGAACCGGUUACAAAAUGACAUUUAUUGUCCCUGUAAAAUACUUCUUUCUAUUUCACCUGAUACUGCCAUUAUUGUAGAGUCCUUUAUAAAUGAAAGCAUCAUACUCUCCAAGGUUCUGAUCCACAUAACAGAAGUAGAACUCUACGUAUUGGGCUUUGAGGUUUUGUGAUUCUUAUUAAAUUAAAAGCGUUCACCAUAUCUUUUUUUUUUUUUCUGGUAUUCGUUAAAUUAACAGAUCUCUGUAUUGUUUUUACAUAUGAAUGUGGAUCAUGGCAGGAAAUUUAUGGUUUUUAGGACUUUUGCAUUGGUUGUGGACAGGAUACUAUUAUAUGGUGUAACUGUGCGGUACAGUAAUGCUUUCUCCCAUGUCACUUUGUCUGCGAGGGUUGGGGGACAGUGAACCUCUAGAUUCAGAUGUAAAUUAAGUAAUAUAAAUUUGUAUGACUGUAGCACUACAGGAACAGAUGUACUUAUAACUUAUAAAUACUGGUGUUUCCAACAGAAUCAAAAACUCCUUGAAACCUGCUACUGCCAUAUAAGUAAUCUGUAAUGACUUAAAGGGACAUUAAACCCAAAAUUUUUCUUUCAUGAGUCAGACAGAGAAUACAAUUUUAAACAACAUCCCAAUUUACUUCUAUUAUCUAAUUUGCUUCAUUCUUUAGAUAUCUUUUGUUAAAGAAAUAGCAAUGCACAUCGGUGAGCCAAUCACAUGAGGCAUCUAUGUGCAGCCACCAAUCAGAAGCUACUGAGCAUAUCUAGAUAUGCUUUUCAGGAAAGAAUAUCAAGAGAAUUAAGCAAAUUAGAUUAUAUAAGUAAAUUAGAAAGUUGUUUAAAAUGGUAUUCUCUAUCUGAAUCAUGAAAGAAAAAAAUUGGGUUUAAUGUCCCUUUAAUUUUCUGACUUUGCAUAAAUGAUAUUCAUAUAAAUGUAUCUGUAGGCGUGAAGGACUGUAUUUGAUCACCUAAAGCAAAUGUAUGUUAGUGAUUUAGUGACAGCGUAAUUAGAUUAAACCAGCGUAAUCAAACCUUUCAUUAAUAAUCUACCUCAAGUGAUUAUAUUAACGAAAAGGUUAACAUUCAAUGCAUAUCGUAAUUUUCUUUCGAAAAUGAUUUCAGAUUGUUCGUUGACGUAAUCUGUUUACAUUAUAUGGUUAGAAACAUUUUGUAUAUGCAAAGUAUAUUUAGGUUUUCUCAAAUGAUUUUAUUAAACUGAAAAUGUUUAUCUGUAUAUGUUAUGCAGUCAUUACGUCACUUGUUAUACCUGGCUUGUAAUAGUUUUAUCCAAAAAAAUAUAUGAAACAAAAAUAUCCUGAAAGUGACAGUUUAGUGCAAGAUGCAGAUCUUUUGGGUAGUAAACUUAAUUGUGUCCUCGGACUCUACAAAAACAAAUUGCCAGGUCUUAAAGGGACAGUAUACACUCAUUUUCAUAUAGCUGCAUGUAAUAGACACUCCUAUAAAGAAUAAGAUGCACAGAUACUGAUAUAAGAAUCCAGUAUAAAGCUGUUUAAAAACUUACUUAGAACCUCUUAGUUUAGCUCUGUUGAAAAGGUAGCUGGAAAGCCCACUGCAAGUGGGAAAUAAGACACUCCCCCCUCCCCCUUCUUUUGCAUAUGAAAAGACCCUUUACACAAACAGGAGCAAGCUGGAGUAGAUAGCUGACGGUAUUCACAUAAAACUUUGGGGCUUGGUUAGGAGUCUGAAAAUCAGAGCAAUGUUAUAUAAAAAUAAGCAAAAUUAUACAUUUAAAAAAAAAAAAAAAAAACUUUAUGGACUAUAUAAAUAGAUCAUCUACAAAACAUAUAUGCAAAGAAAAAAUGAGUGUAUAAUGUCCCUUUAACACACACCUUUAAACUAAGUAAGUUAUCAGAUUACGCUUCAGAAUAAAAAAGUUGUUUUUUAAAAAAAAAAAAAUCUAGUUUGUUACUCACUUAACAGAGGGCAGGCAUAUGUAUUUGUAUGUCUUUUAAAUGAUUUUAAUGUGUGUCUUAGUUUUUAAUGAACAAUAUUAAAAGUUAAAGGGACAGUCUACACCAGAAUUUUUAUUGUUUUAAAAGAUAGAUAAUCCCUUUAUUACCCAUUCCCCAGUUUUGCAUAACCAACACAGUUAUAUUAAUAUACUUUUUACCUCUGUAAUUAUCUUGUAUCUAAGCCUCUGCAAACUGCCCCUUUAUUUCAGUUCUUUUGACAGACUUGCAGUCUAGCCAAUCAGUGCCUGCUCCCAGACUUCACGUGCACAAGCACAGUGUUAUCUAUAUGAAAUACAUGAACUAACACCCUCUAGUGGUGAAAAACUGUUAAAAUGCAUUCUGAAAAGAGGUAGCCUUCAAGGUCUAAGAAAUUAGCAUAUGAACCUCCUAGGUUAAGCUUUCAACUAAGAAUACCAAGAGAACAAAGCAAAAUUGGUGAUAAAAGUAAAUUGGAAAAUUGUUUAAAAUUACAUGCUCUAUCUGAAUCAUGAAAGUUUAUUUUGGCCUAGACUGUCCCUUUAAAUUUUAUUUUAGGUUCCGCCCCUUUCUUACCCCUCCCCUCCCUUCCAUUGUUUGGUAUAAUCCUCAACUGUUUAUAUAGUGUGCCCCAAUAGUACUACUUCCCUUUAUUGUAAUAUUUUGUCAGUACUAGGCACUGCCUUCUGCAGUUACUUCGGUUUUCUGCAUUUGGAUCUGAGUAUUUACCCUCCCUCUGACUUUGUUCAGAUAAAAACAUUUACACAUUGCGCAUUCCUGUUGUUGGCAUUUACUUGUGCUGAGUUUUGCAGCAUGAAGUUUAUAUUAAUACUGCAGGUUAUACCUAGACUCUAUUGAGUGUGUUGUUAAAUAGAAUAAAAAUCUCAGCAUUUUAUACUGGUAACUUAAUUAAAAUGCAUAGAGAGAAUGUUUCAAAUGAUUUUUUAGAUUUGCCUAUAAUUGUUUGGAGAUGAAAUAGACAUAAUGUGUUGUUGUACAGCUUGAUCUCGUGCAGGGCUAUGUGUUUAAACCUCACAAAGGAGUUAAACGCAUUACGUCUAAUACACCAGGGGGCAAUAUUUUUCUGGUUCGAAGCGAAGGCACUUUAAACACUCAGUCACAACUUGUGUAUAGCCACAUUCAGCUCAUUAUUGGCUGAGGUUAACUGGCUUGAAAACCAAGAUAAAGUGCAUUAAUUAAAUGCUUUAACACAUUAGAGAAUAUCUCUAGCACUACUUUGUCCUUUUAAGAAUUCAAGAAAAUGAAUGGAAAGAAAUCUUGCUCCAGAUUCCCCCCCCCACAUAGACUACUCUUGUUUUAAAAUAUUUGAUUUCAUGGAAAGUUUGACAUACUUCAUACUUGUUCAUUUUGAUCCAUUUCUCUUUUUAAUAAAUAAUUUUCUGUAAUUGCCAACUAUAGAAGAUGGUAUUUUAUAUCAUUUGGCAAUAAAAAUGGUUUAUUCUACAGUAGGACAUGAGAGCUCUGGAUAGACAUAAACAGUGUAUAGAUAUUUAUGUACACUUCCUGCCUGCUUCUCACAAUAUAUUCAAUGUUUUUAGGGCUAAGGCUAUGGUACGCUAGCCAUUUUUAAACCGUUUUUACCAGUCUUUAACCGUGUAUUUUACUUGAUCUGUAUGCAUUGAUUCUAUCUGUUCUAAAUGUGCAGUAGCCCAAUGCUAAUUUUGUUAUGCACUGUAAGUCUUGGGGUUCCACUGUAUAUAAUCCUGAUGUGUAUAUAUAAUUGUUCAUUUGUCAUGAUUGUAAAGAUUUAAUAAAAAAUGUAAAUAUUCCA